AGAUUCAGACAUCUGUUCCGAACCCAGAGGAGAGUAGCGACAGGGUCUCAGCGCUUUUCACUGUAACGUUACUGUAUGAUAGACUGGACCGACGAUCACCGCCUGCUCUGUGGUACACACAGAUUAUAUAGAUUCUUUUGAAAUUAUAGUCGUUCUUUUAUUAGGCGGGGUGCUUCAGCUCGUCACGAUGACGGCUCUGUCGUUGCUUUUGUUUGCCGUUUCGGCCGUAUCUGCACUGGCCGAGUCCAGUGUGUAUUUGCGAGAGCAAUUUGAAGAUGGGGAUGCCUGGAAGAGUCGCUGGGUGGAAUCCAAGCACAAGUCUGACUACGGCAUGUUGGUCCUGAGUGCAGGAAAGUUCUACGGAGAUGCAGAGGCAGACAAAGGUCUGCAGACAAGCCAGGACGCCCGCUUCUACGCUUCGUCAUACCGUUUUGAUGACUUCAGCAACCAGGGCGAGCCUCUAGUCAUCCAGUUCACUGUGAAACAUGAGCAGAGCAUUGACUGUGGUGGAGGCUACCUUAAACUGUUUCCCUCUGGCCUCAACCAGGAGGACAUGCAUGGAGACUCCGUCUAUAACCUCAUGUUCGGUCCUGACAUUUGUGGCCCCGGCACAAAGAAGGUUCAUGUCAUCUUCAACUACAAAGGCAAGAACCAUCUGAUUAACAAAGACAUCAGAUGCAAGGAUGACGAGUACACCCACUUGUACACACUGAUUGUCAACCCCGACAACACUUACGAGGUCAAGAUCGACAAUAAGAAGGUUGAGUCCGGCAGUCUGGAGGAUGACUGGGACUUUCUGCCUCCCAAAAAAAUAAAGGACCCUGAAGCCAAAAAGCCAGAGGACUGGGAUGAACAGGAGAGGAUUCCUGACCCCGAGGAGAACAAACCAGAGGACUGGGACAAGCCAGAGAACAUCCCAGAUCCUGAUGCUAAGAAGCCUGAUGACUGGGAUGAAGAGAUGGACGGAGAGUGGGAGCCACCUAUGGUCGCUAACCCUGAUUACAAGGGUGAGUGGAAGCCCAGAGAAAUCAACAAUCCGGCCUACAAGGGCAAGUGGAUCCACCCUGAGAUGGACAACCCUGAGUACACAGCCGAUUCUGAGAUCUAUAAGUUCGACAGCUUUGGCGUGAUCGGACUUGAUUUGUGGCAGGUCAAGUCUGGUACCAUCUUUGAUAACUUCCUCAUUACCAACGACCCCAACCUGGCGGAGGAAGUAGGCAACGACACAUGGGGUAAAACUAAGGACGCAGAGAAGAAGAUGAAGGAAAGCCAAGAAGAGGAGGAGAGAAAGAAACGUGAGGAAGAUGACAAGCAGAGGGGAGAGGAGGCAAAGGAGGAAGACGAGGAGGAAGAGGAGAAAGAUGAGGAUGAGGAGGAGGAGGGAGACGAAGAAGAAGAGGAGGAGGAGGAGGACGGGGAAGAACAGGAGGAGGAAGAGGACUCUAAACUCAAGGACGAGUUAUAAACUUCAUGCAGGAACUAACUGUGUGUCAAUGAGCCAUUGGAACGAGGCUGGAGAGGGUAGACCCUCAUGACUGACACCCAGGGGUGGGGUUGGGUGGGAUGGGGUUUUCCGUUUGUUUGUUUGUUUGUUUGUUUGUUUACAAAGCAAGGGAGUAGGUAAAAAAAGGGCAAAUAUUGUUCCGUUUCCUGUUUCCAUGUACUACUACUACUACUACUACUACUACUAUUACUAUUGUUAUUAUUAUUAAAUGAGGAAUAGUAAUAGAAAGAAGGAAGAUGUCAUAACGAAUGUCAAGACAGGAAGUUAAAUCAAUCAGCUACAUUGUUUUGCCCAACAGAAACGUAUAUAUAUCAUUUGUGUUCUUCAAAAAUCUGGGUUUUUAUGAAGUAUAAUGUUGUGGAUACAUGAAAAGCUAUAUUUGGCAUGUGGAUGAUACCAUGAAAAUGUUCUGUUUACCUCAUGUUUUUUUGUUGUUGUUUAUCUUUUGCAGUCAAUCAUGUCAUUCUGUCUCAUGGCCCCUUUAAAAAAAAAAAAAAAACCUUCGUCAAUCACAAAUGAUUCGAAAAAUGACAAGAUUACACAGGUUAUUUGACCUGCUCUUAUUUAAAUGGUUUGAUUUGAACAAGGGUUAAUGGCAUGGUGCAUCAGGACUGACACAAUACAUCUGACAGCCUGUUGGAAAAAAGCCGUCGUCUAUAGGAUGAUAAUACAGGGUGCUUUAAGGGGAAAUCCCUUGCAUAGUUUUGUACUGUAUAGUUAACACUUGUUUUCACUUCAAUGCAUAUGCUGUAGUCUUGUGUGUCUAAAUAAAGCGUGCUCAAACUCAGAUGUACAUUGAGAGCACUCCAGUAGCAGUUAAGCUUACAUCCAUUUGGUACGUGUUCACUUUAGGUUUACUCAUAGUAGGUGUACACAACCGGUUUUCCUCAUAUUUUGAUGCCGAUACCUCUGCACUGCUGUACCCCAAUACACUGUCCGAAACAGUCUGCGAGAUGAUUCUUUUGUAAAAGACACAUUUUGUACUAAUGGUAGUAAAGUGGGAAGAUUUCCAUGUUGCUGUGUAAAAAAAAUAAAUAGACAGGUGUUCUAUCCAAUAAAAUCAACCGGUGGAAAAGGA